AUGGCCAUUUAUUCGGUGAUGGUGAAGUAUGCAGAGAAAAUAGAUGACUUGAUAAAUCCGUUAAAUGCUACCUCAGUCACUGACAGCUCCACUGCUACAGAUGAUCCAUUAUUUACUCCAUCAAAGCAAAGAACAACUGCAAGCAAAUUUUCCAGUCAUAGCGCAAGAACUAGCUCACCUGUCACCAAUGACCCUUUACUGUCUGGGAACUUUAACAGUAAUGAUACAAGUAGCAGCACCCCCAUAUUGAACCAUACUUCUCGUAUAAGCAGUAGCGACAGCAUCCGACCCAACAGCCAACUCAAAAGCAGCAGUUCGAGUCUCUUUGGAGAUAUUGAUGUAUCCAAGUUGAGCCAAAAAAGAGUCAGUCCUAACCGUAAUGUUAAUAGCCGACCACUAUCACCGUCUAAACGAUCCUCUGCUACACUCAAAUCGAAUUCGCAAGAGGAUGAUGAAGAUUCUUUAUUCGGAGGUAGUCGCAGCAGUAGCAGCCGUUACAAAAUGGCGAAAGAGCAACAACAGCAAUUUCCCUCAACACCUCCAGUGCCGUCGUCAAAACUCUCGGCAUUAUCGCCUCCCACUCCACCUACUCGCAUCGAACCGCAACAAUCACAACAAGCAAAUAUAAGCGACGAUAACGUUAAAAAGAUUAACUUGCCGUCACAACGACAACAGCCAUUAAAUAGCAAGGCCGAAGCUGUGCAGGCUGAACAACGAUUACCUGCUGCACCAAAAAACGAGGAACAGACCAACAAUAAGAAGGACAAUGAAAAGCAACCUACCUCUUCCAAUUCAUCAUCAUUCUUUGGAUUUUUCAAAUCAAAUCGCCAUCUUCACUCUUCCAAAUCUUCUUCGCUAUCUUCAUCUUCUACUGUAUCCACUAUUGUUAAAAGCAAGGCAUCCAAAGACGAUAUGAAAAACAGUGAUGAACAAACAACUCGCGAGGCGAGUUUCUCUGCUCAGCCAUCACCAACAGCACCUCUAUCGCCAUCUGGUCAACAAUUAGGGCAACAAUUUUCACAACAAACAGACGAAAAUGAGGAAAAGAGCGAAGAUGGAGGACAAUUACGGAAAAAAGCUUCUUUAUUCGAAAAAUAUCAAAGAAUGAAGGAAAAAGCAAAACAAUUUCAUCAUGGAAGCGAAUCAGUACAGCAUUCACACGAACAAAUUAAUGGUAAUGUUGAGGAGGAAUAUGGUGAUGAGACCAGCAGUUCGUUUGGAGAUAAUGUCCAAUUUAUAGAGGAUGAAGCAACAAGGGCGUUUGCUAAUGAUCUAAGCAGAUUUAUUUCAGCAGAGACAUCUCGAAAGACACAGCCGAUUCUUUCAAAGGCUGAUUUUUUCACACCUGAAUUGAUGGAAGGGUUAACUAUCAAUGACAACGAUGAUACUAUAUUUAGCAGUAUAUAUAGUACGGCUGGAGAUUUGGGUGUCGAGGACUUUAUGGAACCCUCACCUCCUCUCAUGUCAAUGUCAUUAAGUACACCUACAACAGCAACUUAUUCUAUAUCGCCGCCUACUCAUGUAGAUGAUCCAUGGUUAGAUCCUUCUGUCAGAAAACCAAGUUUCGCAUUACAAGUAGAACCUUCUCAGAGCUCUCCUUUAAUAGUACAAGAGCAAGACAUUGAACCAGAAAAACGAACAGCUUUUGCUGAUUUAAUUCAAAGUUGGAACAGUAGUCAUAAUGUGAGCGGUGGUACACCAUUCUCUUGUACUACCGCCAAACCUACUACUACUGCUUCAAGCAUAAUACAUGAUACUGCCGAGGAAGAAGAAACAUUCCUUGCUCGUGUAGCUGAAGAACGUAAAGAUAUCGCAUUUGCUGGUAUUGAAGAUGAUAUGCAUACUGGUUCAAUGACAAAUAUACCCAUUAUAAGUAACACCAAUAACAACAGCCUUACCACUAUCAGUCAUAAUAAUCGUAAUACCUAUUUAGAUUGGAUGGGCGAAGCAGUGGUAGAAAAUCCGUGGAAUUAG